ACAGCAGCUCCAACCACAACAACAGCUGCUCCGACCACAACAACAGCUGCUACAACCACAGCAGCUCCAACCACAACAACAGCCACUCCAACCACAACCACAGCCGCUCCAACCACAACAACAGCAGCUCCAACCACAACAACAGCUGCUCCAACUACAACCACAGAUGCUACAACCACAACAGCAGCUGCUACAACCACAACCACAGCUGCUACAACCACAACCACAGCAGCUCCAACCACAACAACAGCUGCUCCAACCACAACCACAACGGCUACAAGCACAACGACAGCGGCUCCAACCAGAACAGCGGCUCCAACCACAACCACAACAGCUCCAACCACAACAACAGCAGCUCCAACCACAACCACAGCUUCUCCAACCACAACCACAGCAGCUCCAACCACCACCACAAAAACUUCAACCACAACCACAGCUGCUCCAACCACAACCACAACGGCUCCAACCACAACUACAGCUGCUCCAACUGCAACCGCAGAGGCUCCAACCACAACUACAGUGGCUCCAACCACAACAACAGCUGCUCCAACCAUAACCACAGCAGCUCCAACCACCACCACAAAAACUUCAACCACAACCACAGCUGCUCCAACCACAACGGCUCCAACCACAACUACAGCUGCUCCAACUACAAGAGUUUCUACAACCACAACCACAGCGGCUCCAACCACAACAGCGGCUCCAACUACAACCAGAGAAGCUCCAACCACAACUAUAGCAGCUCCAGCAUCAAUAAGACAACUGACUUUUAAGUCUGAUGAAGUAUUCACGUCUGAUUUGGGAGACCCAUCAUCAUCAGGAUUCCAAACACGCUCAGGACACAUAAUUAAUCGUCUUGACCCACUUUUCAGAAGAUCUUUCCCCUCAUUCCAAAAGACUGGAGCCAUGAGAUUCAGAGCUGGAUCAAUUAUCAACUCUGUGGACCUUGAAUUUCAGUCAUCAUCGUCUCCUAAUGAUACACUAAUUAAAGACAUUUUGGUUAAUGAAGCUUCAAACAUCACGGAAUUCAACGUACUAGCAGACACGGUUGCUAUUAGUGACCCAGCACCUCCAACCACAACAACAAUGGUUCCAACCACAACAACUGCUCCAUCCACAACUACAGUGGUUCCAACCACAACCACAACAACUCCAACCACAACCACAGCUGCUUCACCUACAACAGCGGCUCCAACAACAGCCACAGAAGCUCCAACCACAACCACAGAAGCUCCAACCACAACAACAGUAGCUCCAACAACAAUUACAACUGCUUCAACUACAACUACAGCAGCUCCAACCACAACAACAGUAGCUCCAACCACAAUAACGACUGCUUCAACUACAACUACAGUAGCUACAACCACAACAGUAGCUCCAACAACAAUAACAACUGCUUCAACUACAACUACAGCAGCUACAACCACAACAACAGUAGCUCCAACCACAAUAACAACUGCUUCAACUACAACUACAGCAGCUACAACCACAACAACAGUAGCUCCAACCACAAUAACGACUGCUUCAACUACAACUACAGCAGCUACAACCACAACAACAGUAGCUCCAACAACAAUUACAACUGCUUCAACUACAACUACAGCAGCUACAACUACAACAACAGCUGCUCCAACCAAACCAAAGACUACUACAACAACAACAACACCAACUACUCUUGUGACGACUACAACUACAACAACUGAAGCUCCUCCUCCAGUGUUUGUUGUUGCAGCGACUGUGGUUGAACCAUUUGUUGAAGAGCUAAAUGACAGAAGUAGUGUGCAGUUCAAAGCUCUUGAAGUAAAAGUGAUAGCAGUGUAUGAUAUCAUCUACAGCGCAAGAUAUGGAAUUCUCUUCAUCCGGAGUUUUAUCAUUUCCUUCAAACCAGCCUUCACCAGAUUUCGAAUGAAUGGUACUCAAGCAGAGGUGGGCGUAGAGUUCAAUAAAACCACACCAGCUCAGACAAUCCCAAAGGCUGAAGAUGUUCAAGCAACACUAAAGGAGGCUGUGAAUAACCCCAACAUCACUUUGAAUGUCACAUUCGACGUGAAUUCCAUUCAAAUAAUAAGUGUACCUGCAACUUCAGCCCCAGUAGUUUUGCAAAAUACAACAACUACAACUAAUGAAACUACUGCAAACAUCACUACCGGAGUAGCAACAACAACGCCUGGAACGUCAACUGCCAGCAAUGCAACAACUACAACUAAUGGAACUACUGCAAACAUCACUACCGGAGUAGCAACAACAAAACCUGGAACGUCAACUGCCAGCAAUGCAACAACUACAAUUAAUGGAACUACUGCAAACAUCACUACCGGAGUAGCAACAACAAAGCCUGGAACGUCAACUGCCAACAAUGCAACAACUACAGCAGUUACAACCAUUACAACAAAAACCACAACUGUGGUGCAAACAGUAAGGCAGCUGACCUUUAGGUCUCCCGGAGAGACCUUUACAACUGAUUUGCUCGACUCGACCUCAACAGCAUUUAAAAACCGAGCUGCACUUUUAAAGUCAACUCUUGAACCAUACUACAAGCAAUCAUUUUCUUCAUUCAGUGAUCUAACAGUGAAGUCUUUCAGAAGCGGCUCAAUCAUCAAUGAAAUGGAGCUUCGAUUUGUAUCUGCAUCUGCUCCUACUGGCUCCGAAAUUGCACAAGUUUUGGUCAAGGCGGCUUCAAACAUCACUGCCUUCACCGUUGAUGCUGCUAGUAUUUUCGUCGAUGGCACACAAGUGUCAAGUGGAGUAAGCCACAAGAUCAGUCUCAUCCUGGCUUUCUGCAUGGUCCUGUUGUCAUGGAUGCUGUCAAGCCAACACUAACAUCUCUGCUAAUUUCUAGUGGAUGAUCUGCUUAAAAAUUAUUCUAAGUGGAAACCACCCAA